ACCUCCAGUGCCUGGUGGGGAGGCCCCUUCCUGGACCUGCGGGGACAGCGACCAUGUCCCACCGGAAGUUCUCUGCCCCUCGGCACGGGCACCUGGGCUUCCUGCCCCACAAGCGAAGCCGCCGGCACCGGGGCAAGGUGAAGGCGUGGCCGAAGGAUGACCCCAGCCAGCCCGUGCACCUCACGGCUUUCCUGGGCUACAAGGCAGGCAUGACGCACACCCUGCGUGAGGUGCACCGGCCAGGCCUCAAAAUUUCCAGGCGGGAGGAGGUGGAGGCGGUGACCAUUGUGGAAACUCCGCCCCUCGUGGUGGUGGGCGUGGUGGGCUACGUGGCCACCCCUCGAGGCCUCCGGAGCUUCAAGACCAUCUUCGCAGAGCAUCUCAGUGACGAGUGCCGGCGCCGCUUCUACAAAGACUGGCACAAAAGCAAGAAGAAAGCCUUCACCAAGGCCUGCAAGAGGUGGCGUGACGCCGAUGGCCGGAAGCAGCUCCAGAAAGACUUUGCUGCCAUGAAGAAGUACUGCAAAGUCAUCCGUGUCAUCGUCCACACCCAGAUGAAGCUGCUUCCGUUCAGACAGAAGAAAGCCCACAUCAUGGAGAUCCAGCUGAAUGGCGGCACGGUGGCCGAGAAGGUGGCCUGGGCGCAGGCCCGGCUGGAGAAGCAGGUGCCGGUGCACAGUGUGUUCAGCCAGAGUGAGGUCAUUGAUGUCAUCGCUGUCACCAAGGGCCACGGCUCCAAAGGAGUCACAAGCCGCUGGCAUACCAAGAAGCUGCCCCGUAAGACCCACAAGGGGCUGCGCAAGGUGGCCUGUAUUGGCGCCUGGCACCCCGCCCGUGUCGGCUGCUCCAUUGCCCGGGCCGGCCAGAAGGGCUACCACCAUCGCACGGAGCUCAACAAGAAGAUCUACCGCAUCGGCCGGGGGCUGCACAUGGAGGAGGGGAAGCUGGUGAGGAACAAUGCCUCCACCAACUACGACAUGACUGACAAGUCCAUCACGCCGCUGGGCGGCUUCCCUCACUACGGAGAAGUCAACAAUGACUUUGUCAUGCUGAAGGGCUGUAUUGCAGGCACCAAAAAGAGGGUCAUCACGCUGAGGAAGUCCCUCCGGGUGCAGCACAACCGCCGGGUGCUGGAGAACAUCGAGCUGAAGUUCAUCGACACCACCUCCAAGUUCGGCCAUGGCCGCUUCCAGACUGCUCAAGAGAAGAGGGUGUUCAUGGGCCCCCAGAAGAAGCAUCGGGAGAAGGAAGAGCCGCAGACCUCGGGAGACUUGUAG